ACAUCUACGGACUUGAUAUGUUAUUUCAUGUAUACACUAGAGGAAAAAUACCGCACAAUUAACAUGUAUUGAAUGAAUAAAUAAAAUGUGAUCUGCUAUUUUUGUUUGUGACUCAAAAUGUAGGUUUAUUUAUUCUGUUUGUUGUGUUUAUUUGCUGACUUCCUGGUUAUAUCAUUAAGUUCCUCGAUUGAAAUAAAUAUGGGUGUUCAGAUCGAUCUAAGUGUAAAUAAUGGGCUGCGGAAGUUCCAGUACAAGUGUUCAGACUUUCAGGAAUCCAGAAGAAAACAAAAACUACCGUAGUCAAAAAGCGCCCUCUAGGCAUUCGUCUGCAACACCUUCCAUAAGAAGUCAAAGAUCAGAAGGGAAAGAAAAGACGAAAAGAAAGUCGUCUGCAUCUAGUUCCGCGUCUGUAUCCAGUAGCAGACGACCAAGAAAAACAGACGAUGAAAGUCGAGUAAGCAGUGCUAAUUCUAAGAAAAAUUCUUACGUUAUAAAUAACAGUACACCUGUUGUGCCCGUGCCUUCAAAUAACGAAAAUGACUCUGAAGAUAUUAAUGAAAUAGACGAGAAGAAAUUGGAGGCCCAGAAACAUCACGAAGAAAUUCAGAAACAAACUUUUAUUACCGGUGAUCCAGAACAUGAAACUCGUAAUGAAAAGAUAGAAGAAAACUUUAACCAGCCAAAUACAGAAAGUCAUGAGGAGAUUGCUAAACGUAAGGAAGAGAAGCGAUCUCAGUUUGAUCAUGAAAAAGUAGAGGAAGAAAGCAUUAACAGUCACGGACCGGUACCUUUAUCAUUUCCUCCGGACAUGGAUGAUGAUACGGACAAAAAUGCAGAGUAUACAGUAGAUGAUAUAGUUGAACACAAUAAUGAAGUUGCAGAUCUAGACUGGUUUAAAUAUGGGAAAAAGAUCUACAGUUGGAAAAAGAUGAAGCCUAUCAUACAGGAACGAGUGGACCAGUUUAAAGAUAUCGGGCCAUUAAAUUAUUAUAGUCCGACCCCUGGGUCUCAAUUCGGAUACCCGAUUUAUGUUACCAGAGAUCAUGGUUUAACCAGGAAGGAGCUCGCUAAAGUUCUGACUUACUGCCGCGUGGGUAAUUCCAUCGAUGUACCACGUGAGCAAUGUCUGGCACGUAUGAAACAGAGUGCGGAAUUCGUUCUUGAAGAGGACACCGGUACAGAUUAUUUUAAGGAUUAUAAGGAUCAGUUGAAUCGUUGGUUAGCAGACUAUCCCAUGAAUAAAGUAUAUAAUGAUCCACCUGAUACACAGUCGGAUCCGAACGAAUUGGCAUUUCCUUUACCGGCCGAUAUACAAUCGGAUCCAAGUGUUCUUAGAAAGUGGACAGAGACCUGGAUAGAGUUCGAUUGUGAGGUACCUGAGGAAGGAGCUUGGCCAAUGAAGGAGCUUCUUAAAGAUGACUGGGGAGACACCCAUGAUCUGUAUGCAAAUGUAGUCCAAGAACAUCACGGUAAUGAAGCAAUUGAACCACUUGAUAUGACAAUAGAUGGUGAUGUAGCGUGGGUUGAAAUUGAACUGGAUUUGUUCAAGAAUGAUAAGACGACUGAACACCAAGAAACAGUUUGGAAGAAGCGAGCUACUAGAACAAACCUUAAUGAUCCUUUGUGGAUGAAGAAGAGACGAGAAGAGCUAGCUGAGAUACUCAAAAAGAGGUAUGAAGAACGGCAGAAACAAUACCCUGUCGAAAACUUUAUUAAUUUUGCAGAUAUUCUCGAAAAACAUUGGGAAGAGUUCCAAACGUUGUGUCAGAAAGAGUUCAUUCCCCCAGUCAGAAAGACAAGAAACAGUGCUGAAGUCAAACUUGAGACAGACGAACACCCGUAUAUCGACGGACAGGCUACUAAAAGAGCUGAUAGUGCUGAUAACAGACUGGUGAUAAGUCAUGACAUUGAAGACGAAAGACAUAGUGAUGGAAGUCAGCAUGAUCAAGACAACGAUGUGAGACUAGAAAGCAGAGGUAGCUCUCAUCGUAAUGUUGAACGCGUACAUAGUUCUAAUAGUUCAAACAAAAUGGAAAGUGAGCACGGUGAUAAUGCUGAAGAUAAAUUAGUGAUAAAUCAUGAAAACAGACAACAUAAUGAUGUUGAAAUCAACGAUGACAAUGCGGACAAUGAUGCAGAUCAAAUGCCUACUCUCGAAGCCACGGAUAGUGGUUUAGAUCUUAAUUCUAAUGAUCAACUUGACAGCGGACGCGCGGACAAUGAUAAUAGAAAAACAGAUGGAGAUAGUAUACAGCUUACUAGUAGACCUGAAUCGGAUGGAAGUGAAAAGGGUGGAAAGCAGGAAAAGGAUGACUUUUUCGAUUAAAUGUUUGAGCGAACUGAACAACUGAAGAUAUGAGCACAAAGUAUAGGUCAGGUGGACAGAGAGCAGAGUGAAAGGGUUGCGCUGGUAUUGUCUCUGUUCAGAGUACCGUGCUCAAACAAAGUACUCAAUAGUUUACAUUUAUUUAAAAAUACAUGUAUAAAUACAAACUGCUUAUUACAAAUAGUUCAUCUUGACAUAAAGUGUAUUACUACAGAUAAUCGAUUAAGUCGAUUUCUACUUUUCUUUCAUUUCAUUUACUGUCGUGUGCACAUCUGACUUUCACAAACAUUGUUUUUGACCAGUUAAACUUCUUAGUCACGUGUAUGGUAACAAAUGUUGUUAUAUAUGACACUGAAGGGGUCACAUGAACCAAAUUGCCGGUGGAUGAUUUAAAAGUUAAUGCCGUUCAACAGAUUAACUGAAAGAGGGAUGAUUUUGAUGAUGGCAAACGUAAAAAGAAUAUAUUCUAAUAUGUAAACAGUCGAUAUCUAGAACUCAAUAUGUUGCCUGUCGGAAGGUUUUAAAAUUCUAUAAGAGUCGGUGCGCUGUUUCCUACGACAAGCUGCAAUAGUCCUAUAGUCGCAUUUUUUCACAAAACUUGAAGCUACUUUUCCACAGUUUGGGUGAAAUUUCAUUUCUACUAAGUUUGGCAUAGAAUAAUAUAUGACACUGGAAAAUGAUAAAAUGGGUGAAAAUAAAAGUUACUGGUAAAAAUGCAAGAAGAAUUUAUUUGAAAAGCGUUAUUACAGUUUACUACUUUCUGCACAAUAUUUCUGGUUAUUUAUAAGAGUAUCUUGCAAACAUCGUAGUUAAAUAAGUCUGUACCACUAGUCACUUUCAGAGUACUCACUUUUUAUGGAUUUUUAAAAAAAAUAUGUUUCGCAUAAAAUGUGUGGGUUAGUAACUUUAAUUAGUACUUAAGACAACUAUAGUCAGUCGUAGAUGCCCAUUUGAAUUCUGUUCAAUGGGGUCUGGGAGGACUAUACAAGGUUCAGCUUAGCUUAUUCAAUAGCGGGGAUCUUCUCUGUGCAUUUGUAGAACCUCUAACAUUUAUUUUAUGCAUUAAAAUGCAAAUCUUUUCAUCUUUAGAAGGUAUUGCUAUUUAAAACAUUUUGUUGUAACGUUAAAUAUAUUUUAUGUUUUAAUUAUUUGCAAUUUUACCUCUGGCGAAAAAAAAACAACAACACAUAUUUCUGACGGACAAGAAAGUAAAGCAGAAUAGAAAUACUGUAUUUUAUUUUAUGUUUUUCGGUGGUUUAUCGAAAUAUAACGGUGAAUUAUAUCCUGAUAAACUCACUGGCCACUCAGUGAAAAUUAUCAAAUCUGAUACCCGGAUUAACGUCAAAAAGUUUACCGAGCGUACUGAAAGCCGGAAACAAUAUGACGAUGACGUCGUUAAAAUGACGUCAUCUUUGCGAUGCUUCCUGAUAAAAUUUCCCGCAAAUUUCGACAUUUUAUUGAAAUAAACACAACAAAAGUAGAGUUUUAGACAUAAAAUAAACAGAAAAAUUGUUGGUAUCGAUGUAAUAUCACUGUAAUUUCACUCGUGAACACCAAAAGUUGUUAUUUUCACUCGUGGCUGCGCCACUCGUGAAAAUAUCACUUUUGGUGCCCACUCGGUGAAAUUAUAACGUGAUAUUACACCGAAACCAACAAUUAUCCUCUAUAUUAUAUAAGUACUUCGGCUUGGAAAAAUCUAUCUGUGAUAUUGUAUAUAUGUGCUAUUUAUUGACCAAACAGGGUUUUUUCUCCUUAGAAUAUCAAACUAAUUAUACUUGCCUUACAGGUCAUGUCUGUGAUGUAGUUUACAAGUUCUCAUUGUGUUUGCCUUUUUUGAUAAAUUAAAAUUCUACAGAAAAACAA